AGAGGGAGAGAGAGGGAGAGAGAGAGGGGUAGAGAGAGGAGUAGAGAGAGAGGGAGAGACCAUCAUGUCGCUUCUCCCGUGCCGCUUGUUGUGUUUGCUGGUCUUCUUCCAUGCAGGGGCAGUGUCAGGCCUCAGCCCGUUUCUCAGGCGUUACGAGGGCCUGUCCUACGACAGAGAGGAGGUCCACCGGAGACACCAGCGAGUCAGGCGGGAGACACGGCACCAGACCCUGCAGCUCGACUUCCCAGCCUUCAACAGGGUGUUCCGUCUGCGUCUGAGGAGGGAUACCGGUGCGUUCUCGGAGGGCUUCGCCGUGGAGUUGGAGAGCGGGCCGACCUCGGCUGACCUGUCUCACGUCUACUCAGGACAUCUGGAAGAUGAGAGGGGCUCCUCGUGCAGAGGCUCCGUGCUGCAGGGCCAGUUUGAAGGCUUCAUCAACACAGCUGGAGGGACCUACCACGUGGAGCCUGCUGAGAGAUACACCGGCCAGCCACCCCUGGACCAGCCCCACACCAACCAACCCCACUUAGACCAGCCCCUCGCCAACCAACCCCGACUGAACCAUUCUAUCAUCUACCACAUCGAUGACCUGGAUGUGUCAGCUGUAAGAAGCAGCCAUGAUGGAUUCUGUGGUUCGGAACUUCUCCAUUACUUUUCUCAGAACCUACAACCAGACCAGGGGGCGCCAUCGUCCAGGUCCCGGAGAGAGGUGGACCAAUACAAAACCAGCUGUCUUCUUCAUUUCCAUGCCGACCACUUGUACUACAAGAAGUUUCGCAGCGUCGAUGCCGUAGUGGCUCAGAUUGCCACCUACAUCCAAGCGGUGAACGACAUCUACGACAAGGUGGAGUUUGACAAGAUCGAGCUGAUCAACUUCAAAGUGAAAUCCCUCAGAGUGGACAAGGAGGAAGAUGACACCAACCCCCUGCACAAGCUCUUCCUGGGCCCGGAGAAACUUCUGAGUCUGUACUCGGAUCGGAACUGGGGGAACUACUGCCUGUCCUACCUGCUCACCAACAGGGACUACAGUGGGGUUCUGGGGCUGGCCUGGGAGGGCAAGGCAGGGAACUGGGGCGGGAUUUGUUCCCAACACACCACCAUGCGAAACGGACUGAACAGCAGCCUGAACACGGGACUGAUCACGUUGCAGAACUACGGCUACCACCUGCCCGCCGGACACGUCCAGCUCACCUUGGCUCACGAGCUGGGUCACAGUUUGGGAGCUCCGCAUGACGAGGGUUCUAACUGCGGGAACCUGGGUUCAACAGGAGGGAAAGGCCGGUUCCUCAUGUUCUCUCAAGCCACCAACGAGGUGUUGGAGAACAAUAACAGGUUAUCUCCCUGCAGCAUCAAACACAUCAGCAAGAUUCUCCAACUCAAGAAGGACAAUUGCUUUGUGGUCAGUGACAAUCCCAUCUGUGGGAACCAUCUAGUGCAGGAGGGGGAGGAGUGCGAUGUGGGGCACAAUGACACAGACCCCUGCUGCUACAGCAACCUGGAGGCGGCCGGGGUGCAGUGUCGUCUCAAACCAAACAAAGUGUGCAGUCCCAGCCAGGGCCCGUGCUGUGCUCCAGAGUGUGUGUUCAGGCCCCCUGGGCAGGGCUGUGAGGAGGAAUCAGACUGCAAGGAGAAGAGCAUGUGUUCCGGUGUCUCUGCCAUGUGCCCCAAGCCCAAGGCCAGGCCCGACUUGGCCCUCUGUAGCCUGGGCACACGAGUCUGCGUGAACGGGACGUGUGCGGCGUCUCUGUGUCUGAAACACGGCCUGGAGCAGUGCGACUGUCCGGGAGACUCCAUGAAAGAGAAAUGCCACAUGUGUUGCCAGCAACCCGAAAAGCCAAAGACCUGUGCCAGCACCAUCUCCUCGGUCCUGUCUCGUCAGUUCCAGGGCAAGAGGGUGGCUCUGGUUGCCGGGGCGCCGUGCUCGUCCAAUCAGGGCUUCUGUGACAUGUUCCAGCUGUGUCGCCUGCUGGAUGCCGAUGGUCCUAUCGCCCGUCUGAAGAACUCCUUCCUCCACCUGAACGACUACGAGGACUUGGCGGACUGGAUGAAGGCAUACUGGUGGGCAAUCCUCUUGGUCAUCCUGGUGGUGUCAGGGGUGAUGGGCAUCAUCAUCUGUGUGUUUGGACGUGCUCUGGACAUGGGUGACCCCUGACCCCUCACCCCUCACCCGUGACCUGACCUCCCUAUUUGAUGAGGUCAUGAGAGCACUUGCACAUUGGAGGACAAGACUGAUGGCUUCACAGCAGUGCCGAUGGUCGGGAUUCAACCAAAGAAAGAUGCCAUCAGUUAGUGUGCUGUCACACUUCAUAUCUGGUCAACGUUGGUGUCCUGAUAGACUCCUUCCUUUCUCAACAAUAGGGUUCAUUGUGCAGGAGAAGUUGGAAAUGUGAACAACCCCAGAAUGUGAAUAUUGGCUGGAUUGAUUUUAAGACUGUGCUGAUCUGCGGUAGGUUCCGAAGCUCCUGGGACAUUCUCCUGACACCUGUCCGAAGACUGACACACCCAGGUGCUUCUGACAGGCUAAAUGCAUUUACGAUAACACAACCCUCUUACAGUGUCAAUUGUCGGUCCAUACAUCAACACUCAGGAACCCUUUAAGCCCUACUCCCCUUUCCCCUGAACCACACACGUACACACACACAUAUAUACAUAGAUAUAUACACACACAGACACACACACAGAAACCCCAUGCACGUGUUUUGGAAAAUGCGCUGGGGUUGCCACGUGUGUUUCUUUGACCCUCCUGUGGGUGGAGGGUGUCCUCAUUUAGAGGCAGCUGUCCACAGAAAGCUUGUUGGGUUAGGGUUAGGGUUCCCCUCCAUCUCCCCUGCAUCCAGCCCACGGAUAUCCGCUAAAGUGUCGUAGGUAUGUCAUAGGUAUUUGAACUUGAGGGCUAAUUUCAGUUUUGACUAUGGUCCAGGUUACCACUUCAGAGAGAAGGGGUUGUCUGAAGACCCUGGAGGAGAAGCGUCCAGUCCAGGCUCAGGCUCAUGUUGGUUUCAUGAUUCUACAUUGUUUGGUGCACCUUAAGAACCGUCUGAAUGUGGGUUUUGGUGUAGCCCGACUAGCGUAGCGACGUGUAGACUGUGGAUAGGAAGUAGAGGCUAUGAGAUGUGGGUAUUCUCAGCCUGGCCUGAGACAGCUCAAGCAAGGCUGCUCAUGUUUUUUCCGAUUGCUUAGACACAACAUUUACAAAUAACACACAGUUAAACCUGACCCUCAAGGAGCAAAACAGCAGCCCAGAUCUGGACAACUAUAAGCACAUUCUCAGCCUCACAAUAUUUGCUAAAUACUACACACAGUGUUUAGCUAAUCACGAAACACACUUUUCUACAUUAGAUAAAGAAAUAUAAGAUGAUGUCACUUACAGUAAGCAAUCGGAAAAGAAUUAUGAUUUGAUGCAGAUAUGACUGUGAGAACACCCAGUUCCUGUCACAUGACAAAGAGACCAGUCUAGGUUUGUUUGGAUGUGCGGCACACUGAAGCCCUUUUUUUAUAAACCUUGCAAGAGUUCGUCUUACUGUUUUCUUGGUUAGGAAACAUGACAUGGUAGCCUUUUUACUGUGAAUAAAUAUUCAAAUAUAUUAAAAUAGUCUCAUCGUUUUGGACAGAACCCCUCAUAAAAGUAAAAAUGUAUACAACGAUCAGUAAGUGGUUGAAUCUAUGUGAGUGGCCUGACUGAACUAGCUUUCUGCAACACAAACAAUAGACAUGCCCACAUGUAGCACUCAUCAAAACACAGUCAAUCAACCUAGAAAUAUUGCUAAUUUUUAUUUUGGUAUACUGAAAUAUAUUUACAUUUAAGUGUAUAUACAGAAAUAUGUACUUUUCAUCAUAAGGUAAAAACAUACAAUAUUUUUCUGUUCUACCAAUGAAUGAAUAGCUGGAGUGAUAUGUACACAAUAUGGACCUCCAGGUAAGCAACUGGUUAAGUAACCCUUUCCUCUGUUUUCAGUGCAAAAAUAUUACAUUUCCACUUCAUUAAAAGUCUGAAUAAAAUUCAUACAAAUGAAUGAGUCACAGAGUCACAUGAUCGCAGUACCAAUCUCUAUAUCAUUUGUUCAGUAUUUAACCCACCAAGUGCUUUCAACAAUAGAAUCUGCAAUGAAGAACAAAAGAACUAUCAAUUCUCAGUGUCUGCCAUAGUUCACAGUGCAGAGUCUGUUGAUAUACAGUACGCUGUCAUGUUGUACUUCUUUCAAUGGCAUUAGGUGCCCUCCAACAAACCACAAUUAAACAAAACUUCCUUCUCGACACCAAAUGAAACAUAUUUGGUUUACAUACAGCAGAACCUAUUGAUAGGUAGAAAAUAUACUGUACCAGGAAAAUACUUAGUAUUAAUAACAGCUUUGUAGUAACACAUAGUAGAUCUUAGAUAACUGACUGAUAUCAGUUAUUACCGCAAAUGCCACAACUACAUUUGUUACUUAAAAAAAAAAAAAAAGUAGAAAAACUCCUUGCAUUGCUGCUCAAGUGCUUGAAUAGGUCACAGUUAUUGGAAUAAUGUGCAACUCAGAUCUUACUGAUACCAA